CUGGUCAUCUCCUGCACUGUGUCCACAGUCUCUGGUCAUCUCCUGCACUGUGUCCGCAGUCUCUGGUCAUCUCCUGCACUGUGUCCGCAGUCUCUGGUCAUCUCCUGCACUGUGUCCGCAGUCUCUGGUCAUCUCCUGUACUGUGUCCGCAGUCUCUGGUCAUCCCCUGUACUGUGUCCGCAGUCUCUGGUCAUCCCCUGCACUGUCCCCGCAGUCUCUAGUCAUCUCCUGUAUUGUGUCCGCAGUCUCUGGUCAUCUCCUGUACUAUGUCUGCAGUCCCUGGUCAUCUCCUGUACUGUGUCCGCAGUCUCUAGUCAUCUCCAGUACUGUGUCUGCAGUCCAUUGGUUCAGAAUAUUUUUUUUUCCUGUUUUCUGCCUCUAAAACCUAGGUGCGUCUCAUGGUCAGGUGCGUCUUAUGGAGUGAAAAAUACGGUAUAU